UCCUACGCCUUUAAAAUGAGACGCGCUGAAAAUACACUUGAAAGCGUUGCCUGUGACAGACAGGUGCAGUCCGUGAAUGAAUGUCAUCCUCGGCCAUUCAAAAUCAUAAUUCUUUUCACUGAAUGUGAAUUAUAAAUACUGUGUCGUCGGAGUUGACCAGCAGAAGCCGAUAUUUGUCUGCUUUCAUUUUUGAGUCGCAUCUUUCUGUGCCUGACCUUGAAGUGCUGUUUGACGUGGAGAAAUCUGUUGACCAUCAUGAUCCUCCUGACUCCCACAUCUGAUGAAGAGUCGCUUGAAAUCAACUGGCUUUGGAAUCACAUCAAGUUCAGGUUACAAAACACAAUAGUAGGAACCCUUCCUUAAAGGUGGAGUGUGUACUUUUUUAGACUUAAGAAUAGUCCCAGUUUAAUAUGCAGAGACAGCUAGAAGUAAACUAUUCACUGGUUGAGUCCCCCUAAAAGUGUAAACACUCUGGUUUCAUGGCACUAUCAAAACAUUGCUCUGUUGGUUUGAGCAGUAUGGCAUAGCAACAUUGGCUCAAUGAAUGGUGUGGGUUUGGGGCAGAGCUAUCUAUUUUGCUGACCAGUGGCAAAAGGGGGAGUGUUCAAUCACCAUUGACACAAAUUACACACUUCACCUUUAAACCUUUUUGAUGUUUUUUAGUUUUUUGUAUUUUUUUUUUUGUAUUUUUUGUAUUCCUGAACUUAAAAGUUUUACACUUAAUGACACAUGUGCACGUGUUCUUGCAUGCUUCUCUUACCUAGAAAAUCAGCACAUGCCAAAGAAAAAUGCAGGGAUUGUCAUGCAUAGAUAUUUGUGUUUUUUGUUAUAAUACACUAUAUGGACAAAAAUAUUGGGAUACACCUCUUAAUUAAUGAAUUCAGCACUUAGCCAUGCUGUCUGUAUUUAGAAACCUUUGGAUCAUUCUGAAGAGCUCAGUGAAUUCAAGUGUGAUAAUAUGAUAUUAUGCAACUUUUGCAACCAGUCAGUUCAUGAAAUUUCAUCCAUGCUAGAUGUCCCACAAUCAGCUGUAUGUGGUGUUGUUGGAAAGUGUAAGCAUUUAGGAACAGCAGCAACUCAGCCAUGAAGCAGAAUACCACAUGAAGCCACGGAACAGGCUAGGGUCAUUGAGUGAUGAGGAUGCCAGGAGAAUUUUUUCCAAGAUGUUUUUAGACCUUUUCUAUACCAGCAUGACUGUACACCAGUGCAAAAAGCCCAUAAAGUCCAUAAAGAGAUGAUAAAAUGAGUUUGAUGCAGAAGAACUUGACUGGCCUGCACUGAGCACUGACCUCAGCCCCAUUGAACAACUUUAGGAUGUACUGGAAUGAAGAUUGUGAGCUAAGUCUUUUCGGCCAACAUCAGUGUCUGACCUCACAAAUGCUCUGCUGGAUGAAUGGGCAGGAAUUCCCACGGAAACACUCAAAAAUCUUAUGGGAUGCCUUCCCAGAAGAGUGAAAGCCAUUAUAGCUGCAAAAGGGGGAAAAACUCCAUAUCAAUGUCUAUUUAUUUGGAUGUUUGUAUGUAUGUAUUUAGGUGUCUCAAAACUUUUGUCCAUAAAGUGUAUCUGCCAAUGGGGGAUUUGAUUCUCUACUAACAUCCCAAUAAAGCUAUUUUGAAGACUUAUUGCAUAGUGAAUCAAAUUUGACCUAUGAUUAUGUGAAUUUCUCUAGCAAAACACACAUUCAACCACUUGAGAUGUCCAUUUAGAAUUUAUGCCUACUGAUUUGCUCCAACACAAAGACUUCUUUGUGUGACUUCAUUAAAAAUCACUGCAGCGUUCCAGUGGCAAAACAGUCUUGACCACACAUAAGGAAAAGCACUUGAAUUUUAGCAAGUCUUUCUUGUUUAUUUAUCUGUUUUGAGUGUAUUAACUGUUGAAAAUAUUUUAAUUUCAUAGCACAAUGUGAAUCUCAAUGUACACAUUUUGCUAUCAUCUGUAUAGUAUAGCAUUCUCAGUAGGUAUUUUAGAACAAAUUGCUGUAUCAGUGCUUGGAUACAGUAAAAACUGGAGAUUUAAAUGGUUGAUUAGGGAUUUAUGAGAAUGCUGCUUCAGGAUAUGAUGUAUGUAUGAUUGCCAGUUGUCACGGGUGUGAGUAAGUGUAACUUCUUGUACAAAGACAGACAUCUCAUUGUAGAUGGUGAUGUCCGCCAUUUUUAAUAACUCCUCAAUCAAAUGUUUGACUGAAUGAAAUCUGUUGCUUAGAAAGUCUUUCUUAAAUAUUGGACUUGAGCUACAAAUGUCUGCCAUGUGAACAUAACAUUUUUCUAGAGCUUUAGUUUGUCCGAUUAGAGGGCUGAUGACUUUGUCUUUUUGAAGAUCAAUGUAAUGUUUUAAUUAUAAAUGAGUAAUACAUUUAGUAAUGUUCUCUCACUAAACAUAUUUAUAAUUUCUAAUGAAAAUGUCAUUUGAUGUGGUAAUAGUGCCUUGUGCUUUUGGUGUACAGAGGGAUGAGCAGACAUUUGUAAUCACAUUGUUUUGAUCAUAUCUAAUAAGUGAGCAAGAGUUGCAUUCUGGUGGUAAGUGUAUAUUUUUUUAUUACCUCCUCAGCAUGUCUUUUGUAAAAAUUUUAUUACCCUUUUUUUAAUGUUUUUAAUUGCUACAAUGAUUCUUAAUUUUGACUUUUUUCCCCCGCAAAAUUACACUUUUUAAAAUUAUUUUAACUUUUAAUUAAGUUAAAUAUUUUUUCUAUUUAAGGGCAUAUCAUGCUUAAAGAAAGUCUCAUCUUUUCUUGACAUAGUUUUACAUAUAUUAUUUCUGUAUAGUUUUAUUAUUAACAUAAUGUAAUGUUUUUGUGCAGAGGUUUUUUCUUUUUCUUUUUUUUUUUCGACAUUGAUUCAACACUUUCUGCAAUAAGAGAGAGAAUCAUUGGUGGUCAUUUAUUACGUAUAUUUAAAUUACUAUGUUAUUAAGUUAUAAAGAAAUUUAGUGAAUAAUUACAAACAUCACAUGUUUAGACUAUGGAGGAAUUUGCACUUUAAAGUUAAUUAACAGAUAUUUUAAAGUUUAACUAGUUGACUUUGGUGGAAUCCAGACACUCCUUUAAUAUAUUUUUAUGUAACUGAGAACUCUCCAAACCAUGCACUGCCAAAUGGAACUGUUGUGUAAUUGCUCAUGUUUCUUUUUGGUAGCCUUUUUCCAGGACGCUAACAAACUGCUCCUAAACGAACAGGCUAACUGGGUGCAUCUAAAGGAGUUUGCCCGUAAAAAUGCUGCCAAUGCUCUUUCUGUUGCCAACAUGGUCAUGGGCAUGGCCUCAAUCCUCUGCAGUCUCAAUGGCCAUCAUCAUGCUGCGUGCUGGCUGGUUCUGAUCGGUUACCUGCUGGAUUUGGCAGAUGGAGCGGUUGCUAGGCGACUAAAUGCGUGUUCUGCACUGGGUGCAAAGUUGGAUGAUUUUGCUGAUUUUACAACAUUUGGAAUAGCAACAUCUCUUAUAUUAAGGACACCCAGUCUUUUGGAUAACAUCAUGUGCAUGUUGUAUGUGCUGUCUGUUUUUACUCGUCUCUGCUUCUUCUCUAGUGGAAUCCCAUUCAUGUAUCGUGGCCUACCAUGCAUCUACUCCUCUGCCAUCCUGGUGUGUGUUUCUCUGCUUACUGGAGGAAAUAUGACAGUACUGAGAAUCCUAGCAUUGGCCAUGAUUCUCUUCAUGGUCAGUCAGAACUUCUACCCACAUGACAGAGUACUGGAGUCUCAGGCCUGGAAGAAGGUGGUCUACAUUGGAGGAGUUGUCAUGGUGUUUUGCUCCUCCUUCCCUCCAGCAUGUGUUUACUACUUGUUAUGGUCAGUUUCCUACAUACUGUUUCCAACAACCCUAUGGAGCAGCAAAGUGUAAAGGGGUGAGGCUCACAGGUCACAGAAUCCCCUUCUUCUUCCUGCAAAGGAACAUCAAACCAAUUUAGAAACUUGUAAAACUAUUUUUAAAUAAUUUUUGUUUUGAGGUGAUUAACUUCAUGAAAUCAACAUGAUCUAAGGAGGCAUAUGGACAUCUUGAUUGCUGCUUUUGUUUCAUCGCUAAGGAUGAGAAAUGUUCUUUACCUCUGCUUCACACAUAUUGUCAUGUUUGAAUGGCAUGUUGACAGAGAAAUUGUAGGUGGUCUCGGAUACAGUUAGUGUGGUGUUUGUUGCACAGUUCUGCCUAAAUGAAUCAAAUCUGAAAAGGCAAGAGGCAGAGAUGAGAUAGUCAAAUUUGCUGUGGAAUUUAUAUUUGUAGAAUUACUGCUUUUUGGUUGUUUAAGUAACUGAAAGAUCCGAAUCAACUCCCAAUAAUUAUCAGAAUUUCAGCUUAAUUAUUAAGAAAAAUGCACAUAAGGGAAUUUUAUGCAAAUGAUCUGUGUAAUUUCAUGUAAAAACACUACAGUAUGAUUAAAGUAGUGGCUAUCAUCAUAUACUGUAGUUUAUCUAUUGCGUGGUUAAUAUGUGACUUAAAUUACUUUGUGUCCCAUAUGAUUUUAUGUGGGCCUUCAAAACAAAUGCCUCGUUACAACAUGAAAAAAAAUGGGUUGAUUUAAUUGUAAUAAAUGAGUUUAUCUGUACCAUUUAACCUCUGUUUUAAGGGGUUCUGUUUCCUGACUCGGUUAUUAGUAAUUGCUUGUGUUAAGCGAGUGAUUUUCCAUUGAAUUCGCUAUGUACUGUUCAUGAGUUCAGUGGGAAGUUGAUACCCUGCAACAUAACAGUAUUGAGGCAUUAUUUUGUGUUUUGUGCACCACUUGUGGUUACUUUUUAUUAAAAUGUAGUGGUGUCGAGAAGAAAA